CCAAUCAUAUUCCCAACGCGAACUCCAUGGCGGCAUUUUCGACUUAAUAAAUUGCCCGCAACCCCGCCCUGCCGUUCCAGAGUUUCGUGCGAGAAGUCCCAUGGAGAAAGCAACCGUGGCAGUUCAACUGUCGCAGCUGCGGUUGUCUGAGGGAAACUUCUGGUGGUGGUCGACCUGAUGAGCGGACGGCAAAGAACUCUUUUCCAGACGUGGGGCUCGAGCGUUUCCCGAUCCGCCGGGGCUCCGGGUUGCAGCUCCGGAACCGAGCGGCCUCAGAGCCCCGGCAGCUCCGAGACGCCUCUGCCUGCAGCGGCGGAAGCUCAGCCUGAUUCCGACGAUGAUGUGUUGCUGGUUGCAGCGUACGAGGCUGAGCGACAGCUGAGCCUAGAGAAUGGCGGGUUUUGCUACUCGGCGGGGGCCCUGUGGAUUUACCCUACCAAUUGCCCCGUGCGGGACUACCAGCUGCACAUUUCCCGGACUGCUCUGUUCUGCAACACGCUGGUGUGUCUGCCUACUGGGCUGGGAAAGACCUUUAUUGCCGCCGUGGUCAUGUACAAUUUCUACCGCUGGUUCCCCUCCGGCAAGGUGGUUUUCAUGGCUCCCACAAAACCGCUGGUGACACAGCAGAUCGAGGCUUGCUACCAGGUGAUGGGCAUCCCGCAGUCACACAUGGCCGAAAUGACAGGGUCCACUCAAGUUUUCACCAGGAAAGAAGUGUGGUGCAGUAAGAGAGUCCUUUUUCUUACACCUCAAGUCAUGGUAAAUGACCUUUCUAGAGGAACUUGUCCUGCUGCUGAGAUAAAGUGUCUAGUGAUCGAUGAAGCUCAUAAAGCUCUUGGAAACUAUGCGUAUUGCCAGGUUGUAAGGGAACUAGUCAGAUACACAAAUCACUUCAGAAUCUUGGCUCUUAGUGCUACACCAGGUAGUGAUAUAAAGGCUGUACAACAGGUUAUUACUAACCUGCUGAUUGGGCAGAUCGAGCUUCGUUCUGAAGAUUCUCCAGAUAUUUUGCCAUACUCUCAUGAAAGACGAGUUGAAAAGCUUGUUGUUCCCCUUGGAGAAGAACUUGCAGCCAUCCAAAAGACAUAUAUUCAGAUUUUGGAAGCUUUUGCCAGUUCUUUGAUUCAGAGAAAUGUUUUGAUGAGAAGGGAUAUCCCCAAUCUAACAAAAUACCAGAUAAUUCUGGCAAGAGAUCAAUUUAGGAAAAAUCCAUCUCCAAAUAUUGUGGGAAUACAACAAGGCAUAAUUGAGGGAGAGUUUGCUAUUUGUAUAAGUUUAUAUCAUGGUUAUGAAUUAUUGCAGCAAAUGGGAAUGAGAUCAUUAUAUUUCUUCUUUUGUGGAAUUAUGGAUGGAAGUAAAGGAAUGACUCGGACAAAAAAUGAACUUAGCCGAAACGAGGACUUCAUGAAACUCUACAAUCAUCUAGAGUGCAAGUUUGCACAUACGCGUACUACUUCAGCAGGUGGUAUGUCCGCUGACCAAAAAGGAGUUACAGGUAAAAAUUUUUUCUACAGUCAUCCAAAAUUAAAGAAAUUAGAAGAAGUUGUGAUCAAGCACUUCACAUCAUGGAAUGCUCAAAAUGCCUCUGAAAAGAAGUGUGAUGAGACCAGAGUUAUGAUCUUCUCCUCGUUUCGAGACAGUGUUCAAGAAAUUGCAGAAAUGCUUUCACAGCAUCAUCCAAUUAUUAGAGUAAUGACAUUUAUUGGUCAUGCCUCGGGGAAAAGUGUGAAGGGCUUUACCCAGAAGGAGCAACUGGAGGUAGUCAAACAGUUUCGUGAUGGUGGUUACAACACACUGGUUUCUACCUGUGUUGGUGAAGAAGGUCUGGAUAUAGGAGAAGUUGAUCUCAUAAUAUGUUUUGAUGCCCAGAAGAGCCCAAUUCGUCUUGUACAACGAAUGGGUAGAACUGGCCGCAAACGUCAAGGCAGGAUUGUUGUUAUCCUUGCUGAAGGUCGAGAAGAACGUACUUAUAAUCAGAGUCAGUCCAACAAAAGAAGUAUUUACAAAGCUAUUUCAGGUAAUAGGCAGGUUCUUCGUUUUUACCAAGGAAGUCCAAGAAUGGUUCCUGAAGGAAUCAACCCAGAAUUACACAAAAUGUUUAUCAAACAUGAUCUCUAUGAACCAGAGAGGCCUUCUCGGAGCAUGCAGCGAAAGUCAUCUAUCUUUUCCAAUAGGGAUGGAACGAGGCGAAGUAACUUAAAGAAAGAUUGGUUGUUAUCUGAAGAAGAAUUUAAAUUAUGGAACAAACUCUAUAGAUUAAGGGAUAGUGAUAAAAUUAAAGAGAUAAGAUUACCUGAAGUUCAGUUUCUGUCUUUACAAAAUAAGGAGAACAGACCAAUUCAAGAACCAACGACUGGAAUCUAUCACUUGUCUCUCUCUGAAUGGAGAGUGUGGCAAGACCGUCCUUUUCCUACAUAUCAAGUAGACCAUUCAGAUCGAUGCUACCAUUUUGUAAGCAUUAUGCAAAUGAUUGAAGGAAUGAGACAUGAAGAGGGAGAAUGCAGUUAUGAAUUGGAUAUUAAAUCGUAUUUACAUAUGGAAGAUGUUAUUUCAACAUCUAGUGCUCCCAGGAAUGAAUACAAUAAUCUUGCCAGAGGCACCUUUACUACUCACAAGAAAUCUGCAAAGAGUAUAAAUCAAGACAGUUCAUUAUCAAUGACAGAAUUUGAUGAAGAGUGUGCUGACAUUUUUAAACAAACUUAUAUUAAGCAUACUAAAACUACUUCUCUAAAGAAAAAAGCUUCUAAAGAAGUAAAAAAAGAUCAGUCCUAUAAAGAAAAUCAUGAUGUUAUGGAUUCUUUAGCUACAGACAGAAAUUCUAUUGAAAAGAAUGUUCAGUUAGACCUAGCAAAUCAUAAAAGGACAUCAGAUAUAGAUAAAGUGACUUCCACAUGUACUGUUAAUGAAAAUGUGAUAAGUCAGCCAUAUGAAUCAUUAAUAGAGGGUCAGUUAUUGAAUAAAUCUCCUAGUUCACUUGCUAGAAAUGUUUUAGAUUCUGGUUAUAACAGUUUCAGUGAUGAGAAAUCUGUUUUAUCUAACUUAAUUCUUCCAUAUGAAGAAGAAUUUUAUAUAGCUAAAACAGAUGAUCAAUUUUGUAAUUAUCAUUCAUUGACAAAAGAGAUACUAAUUAAAGUAGAGAGAUUUUUAUCUAAUUCUCCUCCACCUGUGAGUGGACUUGAAGACUUGGAAUAUGAAAUUGCUAAGGGCUUUGAUAAACCCACUUGCUUGAUGUCAAAUUCAACUGUGAAUUCUCAACAGAAUUCAGAAUUGAAUUCACAUAAACUUAUUAAUCAUCCUUCUGAAAAAAGUUGCCUUUAUGGUACAAUAAAUGAUAAAAUUUCUGAUGAGCCUUUCCUCUGUGACUGUGAUGAUGAAGUAAAUAAAGAUAUUCAGAAUAGAAGUUUAGUGCAUAAAAGUCAUGUUCAAAUACACACAGAACUGGCAAAGAAUUUAGUUAAAGAAAACAAUCAUGAUGUUGAUAACAGUGACCUCUCAAUAUUUUUCACUGAUCAUGAUGAGAGUUUACUGUUAUUUGAAGAUGUUGAUAAAGAAUUUAAUGAUAUGAGUGUUUCUCCCUUGAAGAGUAAAUGCAAAUCUAUUUGUUGGUCAGACAGAACUACUAUAAAUGAAAUGGCUCCAGUUUCUCAGUUCCUAAUUUCUGAUGAACUUCUGUUAGACAAUGAUUCUGAACCCCAAGACCAAAUCAUCUGUAAUACUAACAAUUGGGAAUCUCAUGAAGAUUUGAAAGAUGUACAGGAGGAAAAAGUGAAGAGCAAUGAAUAUGCUUUUGAUUGUUCUAGGGAAUUAUUUUCUGUUACCUUUGAUUUAGGAUUUUGUAGUCCAGAUUCUGAUGAUGAAAUAUUACAAUGUGUAUCAGAUACAAAUAACAGUAGACUUCUAGGUGAAUCUGAAGCAAAUUUAGAUGUUAAGGAAAAAAGCAAUGCAAAUUAUGUUUCAAGUCAAUCAAAAGGUUAUGUUGAAAAUUUUACAAGUGGAAUUAUUCCUUUUCCAUCAAGUGAAGAUAUUCAGAGUCCAAAUUUUGAAAGUUUUCCAAUGAGUGCAACAGAAAAUAAAGAAUCUAUCUCUCCUGGGUUUUCUCAGUUUUCUUUGCCAGCGGGAAAAAAAGUUAUGAGUACACCACUUUCUGAACCAAAGACAUUGAACUCAUUUUCUAAGAUAAGAAAGGAAAUGCAUGAUUGUAAUAAGGAAAAAGUAAAUUUACAAAGUUUCAAAGGAACCUUGAAUUCAACUUUAGAUGAUUUAGAAUUCUCACUAGAAAAGACUAAAAGCAGUGAUCAAAUCUAUCUGCAACAAUUCUGUCAUUCUACUGAAGAUGGACAAUUAUCUACAAGUAAUGAAAGUGAAGAUGAUAUUUUCCUAAGAAAAAGUAAAAAGCCAAAAAGAAAUGUUUUAAAAUCUCCUGAGGAUCAAAAAAAUAAUGAAGAUGAUUCUCCACUUUGUGCUGUGAAACGACGCAGGGUUCCUAUAAACAGACUAGAAUUAUCAUCUAGUGAUGAGAGUGAGAAUUUUAAGAAACCACAUCCACAGUCAGAAGACUUCAUGGGUCAUCACAGGAAUGCCAGAAGAGGUGUCAAGGUGAAAAAGAAGCAGAGGAACCUCAACCAUAUAGCUAGGAAGUUUAUAGAUGACGAAGCAGAACUUUCUGAAGAAAAUGCAGAAUGUGUUUCGUCAGAUGAAAAUGAUGAGUCAGAAAAUGAACAGGAUUCCUCAUUACUUGACUUCUUAAAUGAUGAGACUCAACUUUCACAAGCUGUAAAUGAUUCUGAAAUGAGAGGCAUUUAUAUGAAAUCUUUGCAUAGUCCAUUGCUGAGCAAUAAGUACAAAAUGGUCCAGAAGAAUCAUAAUAACAUCAACAUUUUCUCCCAGAUUCCUGAACAAGAUGAAACCUAUUUAGAGGACAGUUUUUGUGUUGGUGAAGAAGAGUCUUGCAAAAGCCAAUCGAGUGAAGAAGAAACUUGUAUAGAUUUUAACUUAAUAACUGAAGAUUGUGUCACCAGUGGGAGUAAAAAAUAUAAAACCCGGAGGGCAGUAAUGCUAAAACAAAUGAAGGCAAAACAGAAUUGUGCAGGUUCAAAAAAGAAAUUAUCCAGAAUUAUUUUACCAGAUGAUUCAAGUGAGGAAGAAGACAAUGUAAAUGAUAAAAGAGAAUCCAGUGUUGUGGUUAACACAAGCACCAUUAACAAUAACAAACAACAGGACCAUUGUUUGAAUUUAUUGCCUAAUGAGUGUUCACUGCAGUCGAAGGUCCAUCCUAAUCCAAUAGUUAAUCAAUCAUCAAACCAGAGACAACAGACAUCGCUUAAUUUAAAGGAUACAAUUUCUGAAGUCUUGAACUUACCUGAGAACCAGAACAAAACUGAAUCUACAUCAUCAUUGUUUGCUACCAUCGAUUCACAGAAAGACUAUGGAAAAUUUCCAACUCAGUUGAAGGCUGGUACUAUUCUGGAAGAUGCCAGAAUUUCAAGGACAUACUGUUCGAAUUUAAGACCACAUUCGACUGGGACAAAUACUUCUCUUGGACUUCUACAGGAAACAGAGAGAACCUAUAUCCUUGUAGAUAGCCGUGAAAUAACUUCUGGCUUACAAGUAAUUUCUUCGCUAAGAGCAAUCCAUGGGUUACACGUAGAGGUUUGUCCUCUUAAUGGCUGUGAUUACAUUGUGAGUAACCGCAUGGUGGUGGAAAGGAGGUCUCAAUCUGAGAUGAUAAAUAGUAUCAAUAAGAACAAGCUCAUUGAGCAGAUCCAACGCUUGCAGAGCAUGUUUGAAAGAAUAUGUGUGAUUGUGGAAAAGGACAGAGAAAAAACAGGAGACACAUCAAGGAUGUUUAGGAGAACAAAGAGCUAUGACAGCCUUCUGACCUCCUUAAUUGGUGCGGGAAUCCGAAUUCUUUUUAGUUCCUGCCAAGAAGAAACAGCAGAAUUGCUAAAGGAACUGUCUUUAUUGGAACAACGAAAGCAUGUUGGUAUUCAUGUUCCAACAGCGGUGAAUAGUAGUAAAUGUGAAGCACUACAGUUUUAUUUAAGUAUACCCAAUAUAAGUUAUAUAACUGCAUUAAAUAUGUGUUACCAGUUUUCAUCUGUGAAAAAGAUGGUUAACAGCUCACCUCAAGAAAUCUCUAAUUAUGCACAAGUAACUCAUCAAAAAGCUGAGGAGAUCUAUAGAUAUAUUCACUAUGUGUUUGACAUGCAUAUGCUACCAAGUGAUGUUAACCGAGACUAAAAUCUGAUGCGUCACCAGAUGGCUCAAAGAACUCUCACAAUACUAAAUGCUCUUCAGUAAUUACAGAGGUGGUUUGUGAUGAUCAGUUAAAAAUAUGUAAAUAAGAGAACAUUUCCUUAUUAAACCUUAUUUUAUAU